AUGCUGUAUCUUCAGGAAUUUGGACUGGACAUGUUCUUCCGCCAACGUUGGCAAGACAAGAGGCUCAGUCAUAAUAUGACAACGAUGAUGACCCUUACAAUGGGGACGAAACACCCAGCAGACUACAUCUGGGUUCCAGACACAAUGUUUGUAGACGCUACUAAAUCUUACAUGCACAAUGUCCUUGCUACAAAUCACAAAGUGGAUAUUUCUGCAAAAGGAGAGGUAAACUGGGGAACAAGGUAUGUCCUGUGUAAUUUUACAUGAAUAUGCCUCUUUUCAAGAGCGAGAGCUCACUCAUUCUAGCGCUACCUGGCAUGGCACUGUUGAUCUCUGGUUGAAAUUGUUAUUCAGAUAAUAAAAUACUACGCCGUAAUGAUAAUUUUAAAGCUACUAGGUUCCUUCUUGGGCAUAUUUCAGUUCCAGAAUCGACGUCUUUUGUGCCUCCACACCUUUACAAUACGAAAUGAAAUGUUGAAAAAAGAAUGAAAAGAAGAAGGACUGUUUAUGGAGACGCAUUGACUUAGCGGUUAACACGUUGGACUCUAGGCCGAGAAGUCCUGGUUCGAGACUUAGUCACUGUACUUCCGAAGCACUUCUCUUCAAUUUGGAGUAUAAAUGGUCAUAAAUGGAUUCACUAACGAACUGUCAUGGAAAGCUGACGAAAUACCUAAGGGAACCUGCCAUGAACUAACAUCUCAUCUAAGGGGGAGAUAUAACACUUCCAGUGACCUUAUGUUACGGACCUUAUGCCACGGAAACCGGGUGAAGCUGAUAUGAUCAUGACUCAAAAAAAGUAUCCAUCGCCAUGCAAAGCAGGUUUUUCGAACUGGGCAAGAAUGGUGGCCCCUCUGCCUUUAUUGACAUUUUCUUGUUUAGCGGUUGGAUGGAAUAAGUUAUUCCUAUUCAGUGAAAGCUACUAAGUACCCAUCCGAAUCCCACCACAUGGCAUGGAAAUAUGAUAAAGAUGACAGAUCUGACGCUUUUCUUGUCCUCUUUUAUUUCAGAGCAACUCUGACAGCAAGGUGCCACAUGAAUUUCCGUACAUUUCCCAUGGAUGAACAAACUUGCUCCCUAAGUAUUGUGAGCUGUAAGUGCUCCACAGUUUUUACGAUUAUUGGUAGUGUGCGUGACUGACAAGAAAACAGGAGUAGAUUGGAACGCGAGGACCCGAUGAUGGGGUGAAUUUUCCCCACCUUUCCCAUCGAACCAAAUCGGACAGAAAACCUGAAAUUACGUAAAAUCGGUGGUUUGACUCAGUAACAUCGUUUUUUUUUUUUUUUGCUUUUGUUUUUUUUGUUUUUCCUUUUUUCUUCGAUGUUACCUCACUAAAUAUCGUAGACCGUGGAAUAUGAGCUUCAAACCUUUCUGAAAUGAAAACGGAUCAGGCUACAAACAAGGACGUCUUUCCGUAUAAUAAUAAUUUUCAUAACUAAAUGCAUUUUUACAGAUGCCUAUCCUACGAACCAUCUAAUUUUCACCUGGAAGUCCAACCCAGGGGUCAUUGUCUUGGACAAGGAAAUGGCGCAGUUUUACAUGACAAACAUGACUACCGCUGAACAACGAGUCCAGUACGUUGCUGGUAAGUCAAGUCAUUGGGCGCAUCGAAGCUGUUCGGGUGCGCAGGCACGCUCGUCGCCGGCGUUUACUCUCUUUCAAAGCUUUUUUAGUAACUUACACAAAACUUUAGGAAAAUCAGAAAAUAAAUCUCUGGUGGUAUAUUAUCAUGGAGCAUUUCUAAAUUUAUAGGAAUAUUUUCAUCUCGACGUUCUAACAUACAUCUCAUCCAGUGAAUGGUUUUUCGUGAGCAACAUGAAACAGGGAGAGUUCUAGAACUCAGCUUCACACAUAAGAGUGCCAGGAUAUAGUCAUUAUUGCCGGGUGGUCGGUAAGGCGAAACUUAGUUUAGUUUUGUUAAAAUAACGCUAAAGAAACCGCAACAGACAAAGUAAGACAUCACAUAAAAAACAGGUAAAAUGUGCGAAGCCCGGGAAAACGCGAUUGACUCACGAGUCGCAAUUGGUUUUACUCGUUCUUAAUCCGAUUGAUCGAGAAGGUAGAGCAAGAAGUUUAGACCAAUCGUAGAGAGAGAAGCAAUCUUGACCUACUUUUCUCCCUUGACAAGUUAUCUAAUUUCAUGAAUUCAUUUUUCUAUUCCAACCAGGGGAGUAUUCAGUUCUUCAGGCGACUUUCACAUUUAAAAGAAGGAUGGGUUUUUACUUGAUACAGAUUUACGUCCCUUGUAUAGCAGUGGUGUUUGUGGCCUGGAUGUCCCUGUUCGUCGACAGCAAAGCCACCCCUGCCCGGGUGGGGUUGUGUAUCACGACUCUUUUGACAGUCGCUACCAUCUGGGGCUCUGUCAACUCCACUAUGCCAAGAGUUUCGUAUGUGAAAGCUAUCGACAUCUAUCUCAUGACAUCUUUCUUCUUCGUUCUGUGCACCAUGUUGGAGUACAUUAUCUUGAUACACAAGGGAAGGGCAAAGGUAUUGAAAAGGCACUCAUACUAA